AUGGCCCCGACCAACGACAAUGAACGCCCCAAUGCGAACGAAAAAGUGCUGCACGUGUGGUCGAAGCCGAUGGCAGAGGGCGAUCAGGUUCCCGGUCUCCAAGGGCCAGACAAGAAUCCAGAUGGAACUCCGAGAGGUUCAAAGUCUGCCUUUGCAGAGGCGGUCUCAAUGAUCAAAAAGGAUGAUUUUGCAAACGUAGCAAAUACGCCCUGCGCACGGCAAGGAUUGCUGACGGGAAUUGGGGCGGGAGCAGGCCUGGGCGGCUUGAAAUUUGUGAUUCAAGGUAUUUUUCAUGCCGAACAUCUACUUAUGCUACAUAUCAAGUGUCAGUCCUCGUGGCUAACGUUUAGCUUGUCGAUAGGCAAUGCUGCCAAAUCUGCCAACUGGGCGGUUGGCUUCUUCCUCUUGGGUAGCAUAGCCUCGUACGAGUACUGCCAGUAUCAACGGCGUGCCGAGAAGAUUCAGAUGAAGAGGCACAUCGAGGUUGUCUCGCAGAAUAGAAAAGAGCAGGCAAAGAGAAUAGCCGAAGAGAGGCGGGAGCAGUUGAGGAUAGAGGAGGAGCAGAGAGCCCGGAAUAAGGCUUGGUAUAAGUUUUGGUGA